AUGACUGAGAGCAGAACAAACACAAUCUUCAUCAUCAUCAUCAUCAUCAUCACAGCAGACUCAACUACAGCUAUGAUCAACAUCUGCAUCUGCAUCUGGACUCUGACACUGCUCGCUCGAGAGUGUCGAGGACAGAUCACUGUUACCCAGAGUCCAUCAGUAACAGCUCAAGCUGGACAAGCCGUCUCUAUAACCUGCAAAACCAGCACUGCAGUGUGGAAUGGUAAUCAUUUAGCCUGGUAUCAGCAGAAACCUGGAGAAGCUCCUAAACUCCUGAUUUAUUAUGCAACAACCCGUUACUCAAACACUCCAUCUAGAUUCAGUGGCGGUGGAUCCAGAACUGAUUUUACUCUGAGCAUCAGUGGAGUCCAGACUGAAGAUGCUGGAGAUUAUUACUGUCAGAGUUUCCACUAUCCGGGCACACUGUGGUACACAUUCGGUGGAGGAACCAAACUGCUGAUCUCAACUGGUUCCCCAGUGAAGCCCUCAGUGUCUCUGCUCGGCUCCUCUUCUCUGCAGAGCUCUGGAGACUCGGCCGCUCUGCUCUGCCUGCUCAGCUCUUACUCUCCACCGGGGGCGAAGGUGAGCUGGACACGGGACGGCUCUGAGCUCAGCGAGGGGUUCCUGACCAGUGCAGAGAGCCAGCAGGACGGCCGCUACAGCUGCACCAGCGUCCUGAAGCUCAAGAGAGAAGAAUGGGAGAAGCGAGAGCGCUACGCCUGCAGAGUCACUCAUGCUGGAGGUGAUCAGGAGAUCCCGUUCCCCAAGUGCUGAUCUGUGUAUGUGUGUGUGUGUGUGUGUUUCAAUAAAGCCUGUUGUUCUUCUGCUCCACACGUGUCUGACAGCAUCCUUCACUCACUCAUGCAGAUCUGCUCGGUCUCCACUGGAGAAUCAGCACACGUUCACACUGCUGGAGUCAAUGACUCUGAGUUGUCGCAGCUUCUUCAUUCGUGUGUUUUUCCUCAAAGUCUCGUUUCACUUUGCUUCACACUAGAACAUUCCAGCAGUCCUGACUGUGCUCCAGAAAGAAAUGGCAUUGACACAGAGUCCAGAUGGAGUUGAGUAUUGAGCCGCUGAAUAUAUCUGCUCCUCUAGAAAACUCUCUGCUUGACCCUGAGAUCAGAGGAGAGUCUUGCUGUGGAGCGACCUGAUCAAGUCCUGUCGUCUGCUGCAGCUACAUUCACAAAUGAGCCUCAGAUUAGAGUUUGGACUCGGCUGAAGAUCAAAAAUGUCUUUGAAUAUGAAUAAAUGUCGCUUCUGAACACAAAUACAUGGACUCACAGGGGAAAUGCAGUGUUUGUAGAGCAGCAGUGCCGUGCUGAAUGCUGAAUAACGCCUCAUUAGAGUUAGUGAGGCAGUGGUUGGGUUUAGGUAUUGAUCAGGGAUGUGGAAUAAGAUCAUACUUUAUAACUGAUGAACAGUUAAUAUCAGUUCAUAUCUUCAUCAUAGGCAGCUGAUGAGCCGCUAGUUAAUAUCCUGAAUUGUGCCUUUAAUUAAAGUGUUGCCAGAAUAUUGAUUAAAGUGUAACUGGAGCAA